AUGGCUCAGCAACCAUCCCGUCACACCCUGGAAUGGAUCAAGCAGCAACACGCCGAAGCGGGGGGAGCCGCACGAAAAGCACGUAAACCAAGGACCAAACUACGAAACUCGCUGGACGACCUUCUGCAAAAUGAUCCAGUCGCAUCCGACAGAAUCCCGGAGCGGAUUCCAUUGCCCGAAUCUCGUGAUGGAUCAUCCACGGCCAGUGACCCUGGAGAACGAGAUAGGAAUGCAGCGAAACCUUCACUGGAGGUGAUUGAUCGCGACGACACCUUCGUACUGCCAUCGUCUAUUCCAUUGCCGCCAUCGCCGCCGCCAUCACCAAGACAACAGCCAGCACAACGGCAGGCGGCCAAAGAGCCGAGAAGGGAACAACCCCCGCCGCGUCAACCCUACAGUCGGGUUCUGGACCGCGCAGCAGACGUAUUCGACCACAUCAAGUACGGCAACGUCCGCAAGACGCCUCGCGUGGAGAAUACCUCCAUCACGCUGUACGAGUACUACGACGACAACACAGUGUCGAGGGUGGAGAUUGAGCACGCGGAAUCGAUCUCCCCCUUUCGCGACACGCGGGAGGGCUUGAAAGGGCGCGUCUUUAUUGUCGAGGACCUGUCGGAGAGUACUAUCCAUGCCUUGGGCGAGGCGUUCGGAAUCACUCCCGAGUUCUUCGAGGAGCACCUGUUGAACUCUGGGUACGGUGGCGCGCAGUAUGAUGACCCGCCGGCGCGGUCAUGGAAGACGGCUGGUCUGGACAAGUCGUAUGUGUCGAUCCAGUGGUUUCGGCCCAUGUAUCGUCGUCCACCGUUAUUUUCCAACCGCGACCGGGAAGACCUGCUUGAUUUGGACGGUGAUGGGUUGGAGUACAUCUCCGGCAGCUCGAGUAUUAGUCUCAAAGCGGAGACGAAUAUAUUUCGCUCCGAGUGGGAUUUGCGCGUUGAUCCGCGCGGGACGGCGAAUGAGACGAGGGAGUUUGGGUUGGUGGAACGGGCGUCGAUUUGGAGGAGGAAUGCUGAGAAUAUGGACUAUGAGAAUGUUGUCGUGUUGCUUGAUCCUCUACCGACGAUUAGCAUCAGCCAUGAUUUCACACUCCAGAUCCCAAAGGUCACUGUGGACGAUCGAAGUGACCAUGAUGAGCAUGGUACUGGAAAUCAUGACGAAACGGGAACUCGACCAGUCCUGAUAAUUGAGGGUGAUGAUGCCGUCGAGGCGUUUGCGAUUCCAAUCGAAAACCCACGGCGGGAGACGACAACACGUCCGGUAUUGGACUGGCUGCUCAGACGACGCAGACCAGAAGUGGAUAAUAGGAAGGUGAAGUUGAAGACAAGCUUCCAGGUUCUGGUCAAGCAGAUGGCUCCUCGAAAGACCAUUACAAUUGAUCUCGAGAAGGCCUUUCUGACAGGCGAUUCCCUGGACACUCUCCAGGAUGAACUCAACGAGACUAGGUCCACUCGGCAGACAAUUCAUGAUCUCGUAGACGGACAGACAACGCCCGUUAGCCUACUAGAUACGCUGUUCGAGAUCAUUGGUCAAGACACCUCGACUUUGCUCCAGGUGCUCAACCAGAUCUUGAACGACAUGGAGGUCGAUAUCCUUGACGACACGAAGAUGGAAGACCGACUGGCAUUGUGGCGUCAGCUCAUCAGUAAAGCUGAGCGAGAGCUCUUGGAACUUAAAACCUCUACCAAGAGCUUUCUGGCCUUUUUUGGCAUCACACCCCCAGCCGAUACAUUUCCGGCAACCGCAGACGACACCCCCGAUAUCAUACGAAACGUGUCAGAUCUCUUCGAGGAAAUCAACCAGAUGCUCACCAGACUCCGGCAUGCGUCUUCAUCCUUGACAUCCAAUAUGGGUCUCCUGGACAGUCGACGCUCCAUCGACGAGGCGCACGCCGUGACGCGCCUCACCGAGCUGGCGUUUAUCUUCAUUCCGCUAUCGUUUUCAACAUCUGUGUUUGGGAUGCAGAUCGAGCCAUUCAAAGACUCGGCUCCUCUGUGGAACUUCUUCGUUGUCGCAAUCACCGUUACAAUGUUCGCGUACCUGAUGCGGCUCACGAUGCGCAGUCAAUGGCUGGGGAAUCUGAAACAGAGUGUGAAGCUGGAUGUCAGACGAUACGCGGAGCAACGCGGGCUUCCAGUGCAGGUGCGGUCUCUGUCGAUGCUGUUACUCUUACAAUGGUUCGGAAGCACACUCAAGCGGGGCAUCAGAGCAACCUGGGCAUGGAUAGGCAGGAAUGGUCGCAAGGCUGGGAUCGAGCUGUGGAAGGUGGUCGGAUUCCCCAUCAGUUUCACGCUGCUUGUCGGCAUUGUUGCAGUCGCACCUAUCGCCGUGCUCUGGACUCGGGAUAUAGACCGAGGUGUGCAGGGCACAGUUACCCUCGUGAUCAUACUUGCCCUCCUCGGCCUUGUGGGCGUACCAUACUGGCGAAGGUCCGAUCCCGACUUUCGCUAUGCUUUCCCGAGACUCGUUAUGCACCUGCUGAGGCGGAUUCCCCCAACAACCCGCUUGUUGCUUCUCUGGGCCGUUGGAAUAGCAGCCUUCGUCGCAAUCCCGCUCGCACUGAUAUGGACGCGUCCACUGGCGUCGGGUAUUAAGGCCGGCUUGACUGCGGCCAUCCUGGUUGUUUUGGUCACGGGCAUUGGGUUUCUUGGGAUGAGAUUCGUUUAUUCUCGGGCUACAGUUUUUCGGGGCGGAAGCGACACUUCCUAUCAUUCCUAUGCGACAUCCGUCUCUGCAGAGCCAGUCGUACAGCCUACGAGCACGCGCCCUUUGCGUACGUAUAAUCUUUGA